UCUAAUUAGAGCUUGAAGGUAAACAAACAGGAUACAUAGAAAGCUAAUGAUCUUGUUUUUCUCAGACCGCUACUCCGUAACACAGAGUAAUAACAAUACUACGAGGGCAGAUUCAAAUCGACUGAUCACCGGGGAUUAAAUUGCUGAGCAAGAUUGCAAAAUCACUUGGCCAAUGUUUAAUAUUUAGAGAGAGAACAGCGGUACUAAUUGCACUUCCAGCCAAUGAGUUAGUGGCUUAUUGAAAACAACUUUAUACUACAUCAAAAUGUCGCAAUUUUAAAAAGCGAUAAUUACCUCCUUUCAUUUCAUUGGUAGACGAUCUUUCUUCAUACUCCGGAAGUAUAUAACAGUUUCCUAGCGCCGACGAUUCAAGCCGACAGGAUUACAAGGAUGAACAACUGGAUCAUUUCAAGUUCUUGACGUUUUUGAAUCGAAAAAAUCACGACUCUCUUCCAUUAUUCUUGAAUAUUUUUCUUCUUUAAUGAGCCAUAAACUCAAUUUGAACGAAAACACCGACUGAUUCAUCUAUAUUCAAAGCUCGCUGACCUCCAGGGGUGUUGAAAUAAUUUUCGAUACGUCGACUAGGGGUAAACAGAAGUGGUUUCCGAUUACUUAUCUACUGAGGUAGAUUAUGUUGCUCUUGAGCUAGCUUUUGAUAUACGCCUUGUGUAAAGCCAAGGUUGUAAGAAUUUCCAAACUGGCAACAAGUGCUGGAGUAUACUACAACUGAUAUUUGCCCUCGGCCGACUUCUAAUGGUUAUUGCUGAAUAGAUAGACGGGUCGCUUUUGAUAAGAGUUUAGAUUACCGAGCUUUCAUUGGUCGGGAUUUUAUCAUUUUGAGCUUGACACGAAGUUGAAAGACGGACACUCUAUAGCACAGGACAUCCCAGAGACGAGAAGCCAUGCUGAACCUACUUCAUAGAGGAAUUUGCGUUAUUUUGCUAUUUUUGAUGCAACAGACACUUAGGAACACCGUGGAAGGCUGGAAGACAAAAGGAUGUGAGAAUCCCGGCGAAAUAAAACGUGGCUAUCGAGUUGGGACUAAUUUCAGUUCAGGAGCAACAGUUGAAUAUUUUUGUGAUCCUGGAUUUCGCCUGGUGUCUGGAUCGCGCCUGCGCACUUGCGAGAACGGAAAAUGGAGCGGUACAUCGCCACGGUGUCGAGACUUGAAUGAGUGUUUGCAAUAUGACGAUCCGUCAUACCGUGCUCGAAGCAAUGACGUGCAAACGCCGGAAGGUUACAUGUGCCAUCCCCUGGCCACGUGCCUCAACUCGAUUGGCUCCUUCAAGUGCAAGUGCAAUGCUGGUUACCAUGGAGACGGGAGGGAAUGCUUUCCCAACUAUCUUUACGGCAUGAGGGAAUUUGUGAUGAAAAGAAGAAACAAACUUUCUGCCUAUGCGUGUGGGACAAUUGUCUCAAGGAACACGUCACGUGUUCGUAGAAUAGUUGGCGGUAAAAUCUCGAAGCAUGGCGCAUGGCCAUGGCAAGCCGCGAUAUACUACGAAAAUGGCG